AUGGGGAGCGGCGGUGUGAUCCACUGUCGGUGUGCCAAGUGUUUCUGUUACCCUACAAAGCGAAGAAUAAGGAGGAGACCCCGAAACCUAACCAUCUUGAGCCUCCCUGAAGAUGUGCUCUUUCAUAUCCUGAAAUGGCUUUCUGUCGGGGACAUCCUGGCUGUCCGAGCUGUGCACUCCCACCUGAAGUACCUGGUGGACAACCAUGCCAGCGUGUGGGCGUGUGCCAGCUUCCAGGAGCUGUGGCCUUCUCCAAGGAACCUGAAGCUCUUUGAAAGGGCUGCUGAAAAGGGAAAUUUUGAAGCUGCCGUGAAGCUGGGUAUAGCCUACCUCUACAAUGAAGGCCUGUCUGUGUCUGAUGAAGCACGUGCGGAAGUGAACGGCCUGAAGGCUUCUCGCUUCUUCAGUCUCGCUGAGCGACUGAAUGUGGGUGCCACGCCCUUCAUCUGGCUCUUCAUCCGCCCUCCGUGGUCGGUGUCUGGAAGCUGCUGCAAAGCUGUGGUUCAUGAGAGCCUCAGGGCCGAGUGCCAGCUGCAGGGAACUCACAGAGCGUCCAUACUGCACUGCUUGGGGAGAGUGCUCAGUCUCUUCGAGGAUGAAGAGCAGAAGCAGCAAGCCCGGGACCUGUUUGAAGAGUCUGCUCAUCAGGGUUGUCUGGCCAGCUCGUACCUCCUCUGGGAACGUGACAGGAGGACGGACAUGUCAGAUCCUGGGCGAUGCCUCCACAGCUUCCGGAAACUCAGGGACUUCGCGGCCAAAGGCUGCUGGGAAGCACAGCUGUCUUUAGCCAAAGCCUGUGCGCAUGGAAGCCAGCUGGGACUCGGCGCGACAGCCUCGGCCGGGGUGGUGCGCCCCCUCUUUCAGACCUCCCGCGCCGUCAGCAAGCAGCAGGUCUUCUCUGUGCAGAAGGGCCUCAGCGACACGAUGAGGUACAUCUUGAUUGACUGGCUGGUAGAAGUUGCCACUAUGAAGGACUUCACGAGCCUGUGCCUUCACCUGACCGUGGAGUGCGUGGACCGGUACCUGCGGAGGAGGCUGGUGCCCCGGUACAGGCUCCAGCUGCUGGGCAUUGCCUGCAUGGUCAUCUGCACCCGGUUCAUCAGCAAAGAGAUUCUGACGAUCCGCGAGGCUGUGUGGCUCACAGACAACACGUACAAAUAUGAGGACCUGGUGCGGAUGAUGGGAGAGAUCAUCUCUGCCCUGGAAGGGAAGAUUCGGGUCCCCACUGUGGUUGAUUACAAGGACGUCCUGCUGACGCUGGUCCCUGUGGCACCGAGAACCCAGCACCUGUGCAGCUUCCUGUGCGAGCUCUCCCUGCUGCACACCAGCCUGGCGGCCUACGCUCCAGCCCGUCUGGCCGCAGCCGCCGUACUGCUCGCAAGGCUGACGCACGGGCAGGCACAGCCCUGGACCACACGGUUGUGGGACCUGACUGGGUUCUCCUGUGAAGACCUCAUACCCUGUGUCCUGAGCCUUCAUCAGAAGUGCUUCCACGAUGACGCCCCCAAGGACUACCGGCAAGUGUCUCUGACUGCCGUGAAGCAGCGGUUUGAGGACAAGCGCUACGAAGAGAUCAGCCAGGAAGAGGUACUGAGCUACGGCCAGUUGUGCGCAGCUCUGGGAGUGAAGCAGGACAGCCCGGAGCCCACGUCGUUCCUCAGCACAGGGGACAUCCAUGCCUUCCUCACCUCUCCUUCAGGAAGGCGGACCAAGCGGAAGCGGGAGAACAGCCUCCAGGAGGACAGGGGCAGCUUCGUCACCACGCCCACCGCGGAGCUGUCCAGCCAGGAGGAGAUGCUGCUGGGCAGCUUUCUGGACUGGAGCCUGGACUACUGCUCUGGCUACGAGGGUGACCAGGAAAGCGAGGGUGAGAAGGACGGUGACGUGACGGCCCCCAGCGGCAUCCUCGAUGUCACCGUGGUCUAUCUGAGCCCCGAACAGCACUGCUGCCAGGAAUCGAGUGAUGAGGAGGCCUGCCCGGAGGACAGGGGACGCCAGGACCCGCGCACCUGGGUACCAGGCCCCCAGACGCCUCCAACGCCAGAGCCUGAGCCUCGGCUCUGCAGCACAAGGGAGCCAGGCGGGGACAGCGUGACCUCAGGGUACUCCUCCAUCAGCAGCACAAGUCCCACAAACUCAGUGGACGGCAUCUCAGGGGGCCCUCCCCAAUCUACCUCAGUGCUGUCCCCAGGCAGCGACUCAAACACACAGCCUUGCCACCACCACACCAAGAAGUCGUGUUUACAGUGUCGCUCUCCAAGCCCUCCGGAGAGCAGCGUUCCCCAGGUGAAGAGGAAAAACCUAUCGACCCACAGCAAGGAGGAAGGGGAGGAGGAGAGGGCCCUGAGCCAGGCUUGCUGAGGCUGCGAGUGUGCCCGUGCUGGCCG